GGGGGGUUCAAUGCAAGAAUGCUCUCUUAUUUAUCUUAAAAUAAAACAAGUAGUAAAACCUGAUACAGGGUCUUCACGGCGUGCCUCAUAACUAGGCUUGUGUUUUAGACACGUAGCACCCUAAAAGUUUAUUCAUUCUUCUUUCAUUGUAGCAUUGAUCUUGGUGCUAGAUGGAGCUUUAACGUUUUUGUGAAAAUUGAUGCACCCAACAUGGAGAGAUUUGGAUUUAAAGGGCAUUGGUAGAUGCAGAAGCUUUAUGCAUGUACUCUAAAGUGGAAGGCAACAGAACUUCGGAGUUAUUAUAUAGCACGCCAUGCGUAUAUAAAAAAAAAAAAAACUAAUCAUUGCAAAAUUACCAGGGUUAUGUGAACAUGUUAGCCACAAUGAGUCAGCAUCUUCAGCUCCGUCUGGCCAGUCACUUAAAAUGGCGCAGCUUGAUGUUUUUCUUUGCAGUGAUGUUUCUGAUGCAGUAAGAGCUCUAUAGGUCCUCAGGUGCCUGCACCGGCUUUCACAAAGCACUGCACAGAAGUUCACUCACAAAGUUUCAUUGAGCACUUGUGGAAUUAUCAAGUGAUGACCUAUGAAUCUUUGGAAAAGCAGAGCCCUUUAUAAAGACUCGAGGAUCAUGAAUUUGUUUAUAAUCGACUUUUAAGGCACCCUAUAUUGUUCAUCCCGGUCCCUUCACGAUGACUGCUACAAGGGGCUUGGUUCUGCGUCAAUUCAUUAUCUUGAUGGCUGUAGGAACUCUCACCGAAUCGACUCCGACUUCUGAACCUCAUCCCAUAGGCGUUGGCGUUACCGUUGAAGCGCGCAUUUUCUUCGACAAAACUAUCAAUUUCUCUGCUACAAACGAAAAUAGGCCAUUUGAAGAAUUUAAGAAGAUUUUCUUAGAGGUCCAGAAGGAGUUCAGAAAUAAUAAAAUAAUGGUGAAAUUUGUGGUAAAAAGUGCCAAGGCGAAUGACAGUUUUUCUGUGCCAUUCGUAAAUAUGACUAAAGCAGUGGACGGUGAGAAAACUCUCGAAAACGUGAAAGCGUUCGGUAUGGCGAGAAGUGCGCCAAAUAACACUAUAUUCUAUUAUUUUACAAGUUACACUAUCCUCAAAGAAAGCGGCCAAAAGCACGAAAAUGACCAGGUUCCUGUCCAAUUAUUCGAUAUUGAGACGAGAAGAACAUUUUGUAGCGAGAAUGUGAGCGCUGCGGUUGUAUACUUUGAAACGGCGACCUCCUAUGAUUUUCCUGCCCGAGCAGCAGCACUCAUCUUUGGUUCAACGAGGUAUACAAGCUUUCAGCGGACUGACCGACAGUACAUGAACGAAAGUUUUUCUCGAUGCGGAAAGCACACCGUGACAAGCACUUAAGAACAAGUACAAAAAUAUCUGCCUACCAGCUGCAUUUUAGAAAAGGCUCUUAAAAAAACCAUGGACAAAUAGAAAAAAAAGAGAACCCUUUUGUGACAAAUGACCAAAGCGCCGUAAUAAAGAGCAAUGAGAAAUGUUUU